AUGAGCCCGGCUUUGCCAAGGCUGGUCCCCGGGCGAGGUGAGCGCUGGAGCCGGGCGAGCGCCGCCAAGAGAGCGGCGGCUUUGCUGGCUGCGGCUUACGGCUUGAAAAUCCUCUGGCCGGUGCUUUGCAAGCGGCUGCGGCGGGGGCGACGGAGCGGACGGGCAUCGGAAGAUGCCGCCGAGCGAGAAGAGGUGGAGAAAGAAGCGGCGGGAUCUUUGGCCGGCUCCGGCCCGGUUGCAAGGAGCAAAACCUCGCCGGCAGCCAAUGCGGAAUUCCUCCGGCAGCUCUUGGCUCUGCGCAAGAUCUUCUUCCCGCGGCUGGUCAGCCCGGAGAGCGGUUGGCUUUGCCUUCACUCGGUGGCUCUGGUCUCCCGGACUUUCCUCUCCAUCUACGUCGCCGGCUUGGACGGCCAGAUCGUCAAGAGCAUCGUGGAGAGGCAUCCGCGCAGCUUCGCUUGCAAGUUGCUCAAGUGGCUGCUGGUGGCCAUCCCGGCCACCUUCGUCAACAGCGCCAUCCGUUACCUGGAGGGCAAGCUGGCUCUGGCUUGCCGCACCCGCCUGGUGGAUCGCGCCUACCUGACCUACUUCGACCACCAGACCUACUACCAGGUGACCAACAUGGACGGCAGGCUGGCCAACCCCGACCAGUCGCUGACCGAGGACAUCAUGAUGUUCUCCCAGUCGGUGGCUCACCUCUACUCCAACUUGACCAAGCCCAUCCUGGACGUGGGGCUCACCUCCUACACCCUCAUCCGGACGGCUCAAAAGAGGGGAGCCAGUCCCGUCGGCCCUACGCUGCUGGCCGGAUUGGUGGUCUACACCACGGCCAAAGUGUUGAGAGCCUGCUCUCCCAAAUUUGGAAAGCUGGUGGCGGAGGAAGCCCACCGGAAGGGCUACCUGCGCUACCUCCACUCCCGGAUCAUUGCCAACGGGGAAGAGAUCGCCUUCUAUCGAGGGCACAAGGUGGAAAUGAACCAACUUCAGAAAAGUUACAAAGCUCUGGAAGAGCAGAUGAACAUCAUAUUGUCCAAGCGCUUAUGGUACAUCAUGCUUGAGCAGUUCCUGAUGAAAUACGUCUGGAGUAGCAGCGGGUUGAUUAUGGUAGCGGUUCCCAUCAUCACGGCAACAGCCUUUGCGGAUGGCGAUUUGGACAAUGGCCAGAAACAAGCCAUGGUCAGCGAGCGAACGGAAACCUUCACUACCUCACGAAAUUUAUUAGUUUCUGGAGCAGAUGCCAUUGAACGGAUUAUGUCUUCCUACAAAGAGGUGGCGGAAUUAGCUGGCUAUACUGCCCGUGUAUACAACAUGUUUUCAGUCUUCGAUGAAGUAAAGAGAGGCAUUUACAAAAUGUCAGACCUUACUCCAGAGCGGGAAAGCAGCCACAAGAAAAGGAAUAAAGCCAAACAAUGCAUUCAUGGCCCUUUAGAAAUCAAAGGAAAAGUAAUAGAUAUUGAUCAUGGGAUUAUCUGUGAAAAUGUCCCUAUAAUUACCCCCAGUGGAGAUGUGGUGGUUUCCAAGCUAAACUUCAAAGUUGAGGAAGGCAUUCACCUCCUAAUUGCCGGCCCCAAUGGUUGUGGGAAGAGUUCUCUGUUUAGGAUUUUGAGUGGUUUGUGGCCCGUCUAUGAAGGGGUUCUUUACAAACCCCCUCCCCAGCAUAUGUUCUACAUUCCACAAAGGCCUUACAUGUCCCUGGGGACACUACGGGAUCAAGUCAUCUAUCCCGAUUCGGUGGAUGACAUGCAUGAAAAAGGAUACCAAGACCAGGAUCUGGAAUAUAUCCUGCAGAUAGUUCAUUUGAAUCAUAUUAUUCAGAGAGAGGGAGGGUGGAACGCUGUGAUCGAUUGGAAAGACGUCCUGUCUGGAGGAGAGAAGCAGAGAAUGGGGAUGGCUCGGAUGUUUUAUCACCGGCCGAAAUACGCACUGCUGGACGAAUGCACGAGUGCCAUCAGCAUCGACGUGGAAGGAAAAAUAUUCCAGGCUGCUAAAAAUGCGGGCAUCUCACUGCUUUCCAUAACUCACAGGCUAUCCCUAUGGAAGUACCAUACGCACUUGCUCCAGUUUGACGGGGAAGGCGGCUGGCGCUUCGAAGAGUUGGACACUGCUAUCCGCUUAACUCUGAGCGAGGAAAAGCAGAGACUUGAAUCGCAGCUGGCAGGGAUGCCAAAAAUGCAGCAAAGACUAAAUGAACUUUGCAAAACCCUCGGGGAAGAUUCCGUGUUUAAAACAGUGGAUAAAGAAGAAUAA